AUGCUGAUGGAAAAUUCUCGAUUCGAUUAUGCGGAGCAAGUAUGGAUUUGGGAGAACGACGAGGGAUCAGAAUUCUUCUUCGAUGUUGGAGAAGUUGUUCGAUUCCGAAUCGAAGCAGAAGAAUGGCAUGACCAGAUCCCCAAUGCGCCUGAGCUUGGUGACGAGACUCCCCAAGAAAGGAGGCCGCCUUACUCCAUUCUGGGCUCGAUGCAAAUGGGUGGAACAGGACCUAUCACAUGGUGGUAG